UCUCCUCAGCAACUUCACACAUUUAACAAUAUCAAUCUAGAGAGACAGAGACCAAAGAGAGAUCAGAAGAUAUGGCUUCUACCUCGGCGAUGUCAUUGGUCACACCACUUAACCAGACCCGUUCAUCUCCUUUCCUCAAACCAUUGACUCUGAAACCAUCCAAGGCUUUGGUUGCAUCUGGUGGCAGAGCACAGAGGAUUCAAGUUAAGGCGAUGAAGAUGGACAAAGCUUUAGCCGGGAUCUCCGCGGCUGCUCUUACUGCUUCCAUGGUUCUCCCUGAAGUGGCUGAAGCUGCUGGCUCUGGAGUCUCUCCUUCCCUUAAGAAUUUCUUGCUCAGUAUUGCUUCUGGUGGUCUUGUUCUCACUGUCAUCAUUGGUGUCGUCCUUGGCGUCUCCAACUUUGACCCUGUUAAGAGAACCUAAGAGCUAUGUAUCUUUCUAAACACCAUUGUAAUCUGUUCUCUUUUCUCUGUGUAUUUGAUUUACUGUUGCAGCAAUGAACUUUUGUCAAAAGUGAAAA